AACUCAAACCCAUGGCCUAUAAAUCUGAAAUCCCAAAAUGUAAUCUCAAAUCUCAAAACACACAAGCAGACUUCCGACUACAUCUUGUAAAGAAUGGCAGAAGCAACAAAGAGGUAUGCAGUUGUUACAGGAUCAAACAAAGGAAUUGGAUUCGAAACUGUAAGGCAGUUGGUCUUAAAUGGAAUCACUGUGGUCUUAACUGCUAGAGAUGAGAAGAGGGGACUUGAAGCUGUUGAGAAACUGAAAAAGUCUGGCCUCUCAGGCCAAGUGAUUUUCCACCAACUUGAUGUGGCUGACCCUGCUAGUAUUGCUGCUUUGGCACAAUUCAUCAAAACCCAGUUCGGGAAGCUCGAUAUCUUGGUGAACAAUGCAGGGAUUGGUGGAUCCAUAAUUGAUGCUGAUGGUGCUAAAGCUGCAGUUGCAGCUGGAGGACAAAUUGAUUGGCAAAAACUGGUAACAGAAACUUAUGAAUUAACAGAAGAAUGCUUGCAAAUCAAUUAUUAUGGAGCUAAAAGAACAUCCGAAGCACUUAUUCCACUCCUUGAGCUAUCUGAUUCACCAAGAAUUGUCAAUGUUUCAUCCUCUAUGGGAAAGUUAAAGUACAUGCCAAGUGAUAGGGUUAAAGAAAUUUUUACUGAUGUAGAGAACCUGAGGGAAGAGAGUGUAGAUGAAGUAUUGACAGAGUUUCUUAAGGACUACAAGGAGGGUUCACUUGAAAGCAAGGGCUGGCCUUCUUCUAUGUCAGGCUAUACAGUUGCCAAAACAGCACUAAAUGCAUAUACAAGGAUUCUAGCCAAGAAGUACCCUGGUUUUCGUGUCAACUGUGUCUGCCCCGGCUACAAAACAGAUUUGAACUUCAAUGCCGGUGUCGUGCCUGUUGAAGAAGGUGCUGCAAAUUCUGUGAGGUUAGCACUGCUGCCCAGUGAUGGCCCUUCUGGCAAAUUCUUUGUUCGGUCUGAAGUUAGCAUAUACUGAUGUCGUAGGAGAAGAUUGUUUCAUGCAAAUGAAUGUCACUUGUCACGAGCACCAUUUUUUUUAAAUGCUAAUGAAUCACUGAUGUAAUAAGUAUGUUGUAACAUACAUUAGACUAUUGAGAUCUCAAAGCAUUAUUUCUCUUUUUCUA